CAUUCCUGGUCCAUGUCCCAUUCCGGGCUCAGUGUCCCGUCCCCCGCCCAGGGGCGGAGCGCAGCGGGCAGAGGCGGCCGCGCUUUCCCGCCCCGCCGCGGCAGGUGCGGCGCAGGUGAGGCGCGGGCGGUCGGCAGGUGCGGCCCCGCUCGGCCCCGUUCCCGUUCCCGUUCCCGUGCCCGGCCAUGGCGUACCGGGAGCUGGUGCGGCGCUGGCACGAGGCCGUGCGGGCGGCGGACCGCGGGCACUGGGACGCUGCCCUGGACACCUUCGGCGGCAUCGCGGAGCCUCCGGCCAGGAUCUGCUUCAACGUGGGCUGCGUGCAGCUGCUGGCCGGGCGGCCCGAGGCGGCCCUGCGGGCAUUUGAUAAAACCAUUGAGAAGGACAAGUCCCUGGCUGUGGGCUACUUCCAGAGAGGGUUUGUCCACCUGCAGCUGGAAAAGUAUGAAGAAGCUCUCUCUGACUAUCACAUGGCCUUCAGUCACCUAAGAGAAAAUCCCUUCAUUGAUUACAAGCAGCUGGGGCUGAGGCACAUCCUCUAUGCCUGGGAGGUGCUGUACAGCACUGCAGCAGUGCAGUGCCACCUGCAGCAGUGGCAGGAGGCCAAAGUCACCCUGGAGAAGGCUGUUGUGUGGAGACCUGAAAGAAGAACAGCAAUCCUGGAGCUAGCCCUGGAGAGGGUGCAGGACCACCUGUUUUUAGAGCCCAUGCUGGUUCCUCUUGGGGAACUUUUCAGACCACGGAAGAAGGAAGUUGAGCAGCUGGAUUCAAAAGAUUUCCUGGGUAAACCCAAGGUGAUCUCAUCCAUUAUUCCCAACGACGAGUACAUUGGCUUUGAGCCUCUCAGGCCUCAGAAACAAGGCUUUUAUGAACCCAGCGAAGAUGCUCUGCGGGAUGCCCAGUCCGGCUACCACCGAGUGCUGGCCCCGUAUCGCCCCGCGGAGCCGGGGCCGGAGGUGGCGGCCGGGAGCCUGGUGUUCGUGCUGGGCAGGGCGGCGGACGGCUGGGCCACGGCCAUCCACGACGGGCAGAAGCUGCACAUCCCGAGCUCUCUCCUGGAGCCUGCCUCAAGGAUGGAUAAAUGGAAGAUCAGCACUGGGAUUCCCCUUCCUCCUGCCCAGGUGCCUCCCAGCCGCCUGUCCCUGAAGCAGAAGCCAGCUCCUCCUGGGGAAGAAAAUGCCUCCAUCAAUGAUGCCAGUGCCCACAUGGAAUCCAAGGUCCCCCCGAGGUGCGGGGAGGCCUCCGCGGGCACCGACAGGCCGAGCGUGCUGCGGCUGCGCUGCGAGUGCUCGCUGGUGCUGCGGGCAGGCGAGGCCCCGGCCCUGCCCGCCCUGCGGGCCCUGAUGCGGGACAGGCUGGCUCAGCAGGCACAGCGGGGCACACUCAGCUACAGGCUCCUGGAUGGCACGGAGCUGGGGACAGUGUUGGGACAAGAGGACCUGGGGAAGGUAUGGCAGCAGCUGACUGAUGGCAGGCUGACACUCUGUUGCCAGGUACCUGGGCUGGGACAAAGUCUCUGCUGGGCUGAGCUCCAGUCUCUGCUUUACUUUGCAAACUCCAUGCUGGCUUUUUCCUGCAGGACUCUGACUCCCACUCAGGCAGACCUGUUCUCUACCAGAUGUUGGCUCAGCACUCUUACCUGGCACAGGGACCGGGGGACCUGGAAUUCAGCAAGGGAGAUGUGCUGGAUAUCCUUUCUGAAGGUAGCUCUCCAGUCCUGCUGCUGGGCCAGGCUUUUGGAGUCUGCUGUGGGGAGGCACUGGGGAAAACCUCUCCAGGGCUGUCUCAGAUUCAUACUCUCAGGAGAUACACGGUUGCACUGGGUUUUUUCCAGAGUUAAAUUCUAGCCAUGAAAAGUCUCACUAACCCCACUCAUAUGGGCCAGGACUUAUCCCUGCUCCUUUAUGUUUUCCAGUGAACGAGGACUGGCUGGAAGGAUGCUGCAAUGGCAAGACUGGCAUCUUCCCCAAAUGCUUUGCCACCCAGACCAGCUGUGACGCUGCCUUCCUAUAGCAAACAGGAGCCUUUUCCUGCCUGACUGCACCCCAAGAGGUGGGAGACACUCGUCCCAGUUCAUUUGGGCCCCAGCCAGCACAGCCAGGAGCUCUGCUGUACCUGGACAGGGGAUAUCUCCCACUCAGAUCCAUGGGGUCAGUUCCAGCAGUGAUGGCACUUCCCACAGCCUGUUCCCUGCUCUGGCAUUUUUACCUCGUGCUUACACUGCCAAAGAUGUGUCUGUGAAGAGCAGAGAGCAAGGAGAGGGCUCUGGGGUUUGGCUGUGGGAAUUGUCCAUGUGGCAACUCAGGCUGCUGGGUAGGAAGAUGUUCCCCUGGGUGGGAGGAGGUUCCCCUGGGUGGGAGUCUUCAUCCCCUCUCCCUUGUUGCUCAUGUUGAGGCUGGGAAGGCUGAGCCUCACUUGCCAAGCCAAGGGUGGCUGUCUGGGAGCAGGGGACAGAGCUCUGUUCCCCAGGCUCUCGGGUUACAUAACCUUAUCUCCACCAGCCAGAGAUGCUGCUCUUUCAAAAGACUUUUGGAACCAGUUUGCAGUGAGAUUAAUGGGAUAACACCAUGAGUUAGGACCACUGUCUUCCAUAGCGAAUAGCUGUGGACCUGAGCAUUCUUUUGCCAGGUGCCUUGGGUACUUUUCUUAAGCCCUAAGGCCAAGGUGGGAUCUUGGAGCACAGUGAAGAGGCAGUUGUAGAAAUCCCCACUGCUCAGAGCAGCUCUAAACUGUUGGGAGAGCCCUGGAGGCCCUGGGGAAAGGGCUGACUGGGAAGUGCAGUGCUGGGCUGGUGUUGCAAAGGCUGAAAGCACUGUCCAAUUCCUGCAACUGGGCUGGGCUGAUCUAAAUAAAACACUCAAGUGCCUGGCUGGAACCUGUUCUGGAUUUGAUGUCUUGACAAAACUUGGCUAUGUAACUUGAAUAUAAAAUAAACCCUGAGCCAGUGUUGGCAACUCUUAAA